AUGUGCCUUGGCUCCCAGUCUCCUUCUUCUUCAGCAAAAUCAAAAGCAGGAGGCGGCUGUACAGAGGAGGAAUGUGAUGCUGUUCGACACACAGCCAACUGGAACAUGACUAUGAGCAGCAGGUGGAACAUGAGUCUUGCUGGAGCAGGCGAUCUCUGGGGACAGGUGCUGGGAGCACCAGCUGGAAACAAUUCUCUCCCUAUAGCAACCUCAGCAGCCAACUUCUCCAAUCAGUUUGUGCAACCCUCUUGGCGCAUUGCCCUGUGGUCUCUGGCUUAUGGUGGGGUGGUGGCAGUGGCUGUUUUUGGAAAUCUCAUUGUCAUCUGGAUUAUCCUGGCUCACAAGCGCAUGAGGACGGUGACCAAUUACUUCCUGGUGAACCUAGCCUUCUCCGAUGCCUCCAUGGCUGCUUUCAAUACUCUCAUCAACUUCAUCUAUGCAUUGCACAGUGAGUGGUACUUUGGAGAGGCUUACUGCCGCUUCCACAACUUCUUCCCAAUCACAGCUGUCUUUGCCAGCAUCUACUCCAUGACAGCAAUAUCUGUGGAAAGAUAUAUGGCCAUUAUUGAUCCCUUGAAACCUAGGCUCUCUGCAACUGCUACCAAGGUCGUCAUUGGGAGCAUAUGGAUUUUGGCUUUCCUGCUGGCCUUUCCCCAGUGCCUCUAUUCCAUUACCAAGGUGAUGCCUGGGAGAACUCUUUGCUAUGUAGCAUGGCCAGGUGGUCCAAAACAGCAUUUUACGUAUCAUGUCAUUGUGAUUGUUCUGGUCUACUGCUUUCCACUGCUUGUAAUGGGCAUCACUUAUUCCAUAGUGGGAAUUACCCUCUGGGGAGGAGAAAUACCAGGUGAUACAUCCAACAAAUACCAUGAGCAGCUCAAAGCUAAGAGAAAGGUGGUAAAAAUGAUGAUUGUGGUCGUGCUGACAUUUGCCGUCUGCUGGCUGCCCUACCAUAUUUACUUCAUAGUUACUGGGAUCUAUCAACAAUUAAAUCGGUGGAAAUACAUUCAGCAAAUCUAUUUAGCCAGCUUUUGGCUUGCCAUGAGCUCUACAAUGUACAAUCCCAUUAUAUACUGCUGUCUUAAUAAGAGAUUUCGAGCCGGCUUCAAGCGAGCUUUCCGCUGGUGUCCCUUCAUUGAAGUGUCCAGCUAUGAUGAGCUAGAGCUCAAGACAGCCAGGUUUCAUCCCACCCGGCAAAGCAGCCUAUAUACUGUGUCCAGAAUGGAGUCCAGCAUGACAGUAGUGUUCGACACUAAUGAUGGAGAUAAUACCCAUGCCAGCCGUAAGAAAAGAGCAGCUCCAAAGGAUAAGAGUUUCAAUGGCCAUUCACAGAGGAAUUCUAAGACCGUCUCCACAACCUCAAGUCUCAUCAGUUCACUGAACACAUCAGUAGAAGAUUAUUCCUAA